AUGACCGUGCCUGGACUACUACAUAGAUGGAUGAGUUGGGGUCGAGUGGGAAAAGCCGGAAUCCAAUUCCGGGUCCAGAUGCGUGGAUUCGAGCCGGAAAUCGCAGUCGGAUCACCGAAAUCCUUCACCGCGGCCCGCGACAAUGUUCCCGCGACCGCGUGUAACAAAAUCGUUGGAACUUGGAACAUUACUGGGUGCCUACCGGAAGUAGAGCUUCUAAUCGUUCGCGUGCUACUGAGCAAUAUGCAGAUUUUUGCCCGGCUUAUGUCUGGCAGAACACUAAAGCUCGAGGUGGAAUCUACGGAUACCAUUCGCAGUGUACAGAGCGAGAUUGAAUCCCUAGAAUGGAUCCAUACGUGUGACCAUGUUUUGCUUUUCGACGGUCGGCGGAUUGAUGGUUGCAAAACCUUAGCGGACUGCGGAAUUGGGAAAGAUUGUACUAUAGAUGUGAUGUUGAGUAUCCCGUCAAGAUGUGUAAUAUGUCGUGAGUAUAGGGAACUGAUUGAGAAGGUGGAAAGUCUUGAAGAGAUGCUCAAGUUGGCGAGGCCGAGAGAAAGCGGUACGACAGUGUUAUUGGAAGCAGAACGUGCUGCACACUCUCGCCUCCAGUCUAAAAUAGAUCUCAUUGCUCACAUGGAAUCUACGGAUACCAUUCACAGUGUUGAGAAAGAUGUGUUGCUGAGUCCCCCGUCAAGAUGUGUAUGUGUAUACUCCAAUGAGUAUAGGGGAUUGAGUAAGAAGGUGGAAAUUCUUGAAGGGAGGCUGAAGUUGGCGAGGCAGAGAGAAAGCCGUACGGCAAAGUUAUUGGAAGCAGAACGUGCUGCACACUCCCGCCUUCAGUCUAAAGUAGAUCUCAUGGCUCAGAUGUUCGAUGCCAUGCGUCGCCCUACCUGA